AUGCGCCGUUUCCUUCAUCAUUUUCGCAGUAAGGCGAACCAAGGUGCAGCUGCCGCGGGACCCUCGACAUCAUCCUCACACCAGCCGCUGCGGUUGCGAAAGCCGGAGGAGUUGACGACCCUUCUGCAGCAGAAGGUGGCUGAGGCAGCAGGAGGACGAUCAGGAGAGCAGACUGCGACUGGUCCAAGUACAAUUGGUGGCCCUAAUACAACUAGCAGAUCUUCACUAUCACUGUCCUCUUCUUCGUCGAGGCCGGUGCAUCAUCAACCCGCGCUUUUCAAACACAACUUCUUCAUCCGAACUGUGUCAAAAAAUGCUCCUAAUGAGCAACUACAAGGGAUAUCAUGUGGUGCAUCCUCACCACUAACAACGCGGAAUUUCUCCUCUUCUUCGUCCACUACCAAGAAGAACGGGAACAAAAACCCAAACCCCAACGACCAAAAAUCCUUGAAGCAGAAAUUCCCGCGCGAGUGGGCGGUUUUUUCCACCAUAGACUCGAACAGCAAGGGGUAUUUGCUGAAACAGGAUUUGAUCACCACCUGCGAGCAGAUUGAAGUCCCCGAAAUGGCGGACUUUCUCUUUGAACUACUAGACCGGAACAACGAUGGGGUGAUCGAUUUCGCGGAAGUGGUUGCGAACUACAAGGCGCUGACCAUGGUCCGUAACGCCGCAAGAUUCCGUUCCUGGAAAAGAACGUUCGGCUUAGGCGUCGCGGGAAACGUAGCCGGGCACAUGGACCAAGCGGGGGAGGGUGUAGAAGCCGCGAUAGUAGAAGACCACGCAACAAGUUCUGAUGCAACUACGAGCAACGACAAGCCUAACCUUCCCCCCGCGGUCUUCGCUUUUUACGUCCCACCACUCGGAAAUACUACGCCCGAAAAAGUGGAGAUCCCGAAGGAGUUUAGUUUCGUGAGGCGGAAAACCCCGGACGUCGAGCAGGGUGAAAAGGAAACGCUGCAGCAGAAAAUCAAACGGUUGCAGCGGUUCCCCAUCUCCAAUGCGGUGAUUCAUCAUCCAAGCAUAUCCUAUGUAAAAAUGCCCCCAGCACCCCAUAGUCAAGAUGGGAACUUUGCAACACAAAGCCUGAAGCUUUGGGAGUCACGCAUGACAAGCUGCUUCAUCUCUGGGAGUGUAGUAGUGCCUGUUAGCAAGGACAGCCGCAUCACGAAUCCAUCUGCUUAUCCUGUUCACAGCAUUACAAAUUGCGAAAUACCGCUGUAGAAACGACUCUCAUGGUGAGAUGCGCAUUACAAACGUUGCUGCAUUUGCAAAUCCGCAUGACAACUAUGGGUUGGGAUUGUUUUUACUCAGGAUAAAGCAGCCUAGGCGGUGCCAGUGACGAAGAAGACCACCCGGAUGCGGACACCGUUGCGGGGUCCAAGUUCCAACGAGUGCAAGUGGAGCCAGAGAUAUCCAAGAAAAAAACGUUGUUAGGGUGAAUUUGUGAUGCGCAACAUGCAAGAUGAUUGCGCCUGUCAUGCUUGACAUGCAUCAUAGGGUCCAUUAAAGGGCGUUUUGGUUUUCGCGUACUAUCUGCGCAUGACAGGUUUUUGCUGUCAUACCAGACAAAUUUGUAAUACUGUUCCUCCAAAAAAGUUACACCUACAAUGUUUUUUUCUUGGAUAAGAGAUCGCUUUGUUUUGCGAAGUGAAAUACAAAGCGCAGGACGCCCUGUCGUUCGGGUCCGCGAAAUUCGUCACGGAACUAUUGCCGAAAAAGAUCGCCGCCUUCAACGACUUAUCGACUGCAAAAGUGUCGUACUCGUACGAUUUUUCUGUCAUGGCAAUCCUGCGUGACAGAUGUAUCUGGAUACGCUAAUCAGCAUGGCAAAUUCCAUUUUUCAUGCUGGGCAAAUGCAAUUUUCACUAGUAUGAUUAUGAUGCUUUUGCAAUGCAUACGACUGCUCCGUGCGGGAAUUGGAGGGGUCUGUGAAACUGUCGGAGAAGAAGAACUGGGGUAUCGACAGGAUAAAUCCCCCCUCCCCAUAUCAAAACGGAACUUCUGAUGCUGCAUUUGUGUACACAAAUCAGACCUGUCUUGCAGUAGAGGACUGCAGGCAUAC